AUGAAUCAUACCCAGUUUAUAUGCUAUGGACUCCUAAAAAUAUUCCUCAAAGACGUAAUCAACAAGAACGUGGAAGAACCAUUACUGUGUUCUUACUUCAUGAAGACAACAAUGUUCUGGUUAAUACAGGUAGGACAUAUGAAUUGGAGUCCUAACAAUUUACUGGAAUGCUUUUGGAUGUGCUUUAAAUACCUCGUUCAGUGUGUCAAUCGUGGCAAAUUUGCCAAUUUCUUUAUUCCACAGAACAAUAUGUUUAUGAACAAGAUUUUUGGCAUUGCACGUGAGUCUUUAUUAGAUCAACUUAACCAGUAUUACAGAAUGGGCUUGCCCACCCUUCUGCUUAGCUCUACACUCAGAUCUAUCCUAGAGCCAGCCCUCAGCCGUCCAUGUAGGAUUCAAUUUACUGCAGGGAUAUGUCACAAAAUUGGAUGUGCAUGUAAAGAUUUGUGUACACUAGAAGAAUUAAACGAAAUUCAUUUAGAAAAAUUUUACUUAUUUUUAACUUUAAAAUCUGUGGACACAUUGUUAAAUUCGUCACUGUCACCUUACAAAUCAUUAACAUUACAGUUGCGUAAAGCUGAUGUUCUUGCAGUGACCCCUUUUGUGAUUGUAAAGUAUUCAUCACAUUAUAAAAAUAAACAAAUGUAUAAUUUGGGAAAAAUGCUGUGCAACAUGUUAAAAUUGUCGGCAGGGAUAGGUACCAUCUCCCAUUCACUGUAUUUAGCAUUCUAUUACUACAGGACAGGUAGAUACAAUAAAGCACUUGGUGUUUCUAAUCUGAUGAAACGAAGACUUUCAGAACACUUUAUUUUGUAUUACGCCAAACCAGUAGACAGAAACAGAUAUAGUGAAGAAAUAAGUAAUUUGUCUUUGUCUAGAAAAAUGAAAGCCGCCUGGGUUGUGGAUAUUAAUUUUUAUUUUGGGAUACAAUACAUUGAAGAAUUAAUAUUAGAACAAGAAGAGAACAAAUUAAAAUCACCGCAUUCUGAAGCUAUACUUUAUCCAGUAUUUGUAUUGGUAGAAAUGCUGUCUGUUUUAUCGAACUACCGCCUUGGGAAUAGAUCUCAGUAUCUACAGUCACUGACAGACCUUCACACACUGCUCAUUUACGAUGAUGGGAGAUAUGUACCACCAUUCCACAGAGACAUAUCCUGGCAGAUACUUGGAAUCUGUCACCAAGUUGUUGGGGACUUUCACGGGGCUUUACAAUCCUACCAAGAAUCACUGAAACAGGAUCCACGAUCUAAAAUACAGAGGGCAACACAUGCAAGAAUUUAUCAUAUACAGCAUCAACUUAGUAGAAAUCAAAGAGUAUGA